CCGAACUUCCGGUUCCGCUCGUGGUUUCCCUAAGGCGCGCCGUGCCCCGCGCUCUCAUUGUAAGCUCCCGCCAUGGCGUACCGCGGCCAGGGCCAGAAGGUGCAGAAGGUGAUGGUGCAGCCCAUCAACCUCAUCUUCAGGUAUCUCCAAAAUCGGUCCCGAAUUCAGGUGUGGCUGUAUGAGCAAGUAAAUAUGCGAAUAGAGGGCUGCAUAAUUGGUUUCGAUGAGUAUAUGAAUCUUGUAUUGGAUGAUGCAGAGGAGAUUCACUCUAAAACAAAGUCAAGGAAACAGCUUGGCCGGAUCAUGCUAAAAGGAGACAACAUUACUCUACUACAAAGUGUUUCUAACUAGAAGAAUAUUGUCAGUGAAGUUAGAAGACACUCAGAAGGCAAUACUUUUUUUUCUUAGUUACAUUCUCUGGGCUUCAAAAGCCAGCUACACAUUUUUCCAUGUUGUUUUGAUCUUUCUUUUAUGGUAUUAUAACAAUAAAUGGGUUGCUCUGGGGUUUGUUUCUAUUAAAAAAUUCUGCAUUGA